AUGGUUGCCUUUGCACUCACAUCCCUCCUCCUCAGCGCUGGCGCGCUCGUCUCUGCUGCUCCUUCGAGCCUGGACACUCGUGCGAGCUGCACAUUCUCCGAUGCUGCUGCCGCCAUCAAGGGCAAGGCUUCUUGCACUGCCAUUGUCAUCAAAGACAUGACAGUCCCAGCAGGAACCACUCUUGACUUGACAAAGCUCAAGUCUGGUACUACUGUUACCUUCCAGGGCACCACCACAUUCGGCUACAAGGAGUGGGAGGGUCCCCUCAUCUCUGUUUCCGGAACCAACAUCAAGGUCGUUGGUGCUGCUGGCCACCUCAUUGAUGGAAACGGUGCAAAGUGGUGGGAUGGCAAGGGUACUAACGGUGGCAAGAAGAAGCCUAAGUUUUUCUACGCCCACUCCAUGACCUCGUCCUCCAUCACCGGACUCAACGUCAAGAACACCCCUGUCCAGGGUUUCUCCGUUAACGGCGCCAAGGACCUUACCCUUGACAAGAUCACCAUCGACAACACUGCUGGUGACGUAACCAACGGUGGCCACAACACCGACGCCUUUGAUGUUGGUAGCUCCACUGGUGUCUACAUCACCAACGCCAACAUCAAGAACCAAGACGACUGCUUGGCUGUCAACUCCGGUACUGACAUCCACUUCACUGGUGGAACCUGCUCUGGCGGUCACGGUAUCUCCAUCGGCUCCGUUGGUGGUCGCAGCGACAACGUAGUCAAGAACGUCGUCAUCUCUGACAACACUAUUGUCAACUCUGACAACGGUGUCCGCAUCAAGACCGUCUCUGGCGCCACUGGUUCCGUCUCUGGCGUUACCUACAAGAACAUCACUCUCAAGAACAUCGCCAAGUAUGGUAUCGUCAUCCAGCAAGACUACGAGAACGGCUCCCCCACUGGCAAGCCCACUACCGGUGUCCCGAUUACUGGCCUCACUAUUCAGAACGUCAAGGGUACUGUCGCCGCCAAGGGUACUGACAUCUACAUCCUUUGCGGUAAGGGUAGCUGCUCCAACUGGACCUGGUCUGGCAACAGCGUCACUGGUGGAAAGAAGAGCACUAGCUGCUCCGGUAUCCCUACCGGCGCUUCUUGCUAA